UUCCGAUACGCGUUUGGUUCCUCGUACGAAACUCGAGGCCCAGUUAACUCACUUCGACGCGUGGCGCGUCGCGGUGGCGUAAGAGUCGGUUAGCCAUAUCUUCGACAUUGCGAGGCCAGGGAGGAAAUGAUCGCGAAACUAGCGUCUUUUGAAUCAACUAAAUCUACUGCCAUACCCCACGAGCGGCUAAAUCUAGCACUACUAAAUCCGGGCUGUUUCUUUUCUAUGAAGAAGAUAUCUUCUGUGUUUACUGGGGUAACCUGAACCUGACACCCAUCAAACAGGAGCUGGGUCCUCCUUGUUCAUCUUCUUCCAACACUACUACCUGAGUACCUAGACAAUUAGCAAAGGAUUGCUUUGGCUUUUACUUCAGCAUCACCACAAUCAGACCCCGCCCUCCUUUCGCCAGCCAUUCACCAUGCUAUCGGCACGAUGGAAGAGAUUGUCUUUUGACCUUCAGGAUUGCAAGCAGGGCCAUGCAUCUGCCUGCUGGGGUAAAUUCAAGAUCCCCAAAACGCUUCUCGUCGCAUCGCAGGCAACUCAGUCAUCCGCCUUGCUGCAGCUACCGAACGAGCUGUUGCUCCUGAUAUUCAGAUAUACUCGCCUGGUUGGUGAUUUGGCUCUGGCCCUCACCUGCAAGCGGCUGCUCGUGGUGUCAUCAAUGACGGCCAUAAGGAUCCCCUCUGCCGCACGCCACCGUGCGGUUCCUGACCUGAAUUGCGCCGGAAUGCUCAGACUGCUAAGAGUCAUGGAGCCACCCAAAAGGCCUUCGCGCUGGGCUCUUUGCUGUGAUUGCUAUCGGUGGCGGCCAAAGAGACAAGUGUAUUGGAAGAGUGCAUUGAAGAAAUAUGCGGCGGAAUCCUCUUCCAGGCUUCUGAAGGGCUAUUGUCAUGUUGUCGAGUCGUGGAGCCGCAAGUCGUCUCCAUCUUACCAGUGUCCAGAGUGCUGGUGUGCAGAGCGCUCCAGAAAGUACGGGCAUUGUAUCUCGAAAUAGCAUACACCUGCCAAAUGCAAUUAUGUCGAGAAGUAGGCUAUCGGUCUUAUCGUCAUAUUGAGACAAGAUACUGGCCGAGACGUAAUCUGACGCGUCGGUUCCGCAACGCGAAGCUGAAGCAGGUCUGCUACAUUAGGC